AAGAAUUCUGGUUCCGGAAGCCUCCUCCCAGGUGCGUCGGGCUAAGUUCCCACCCAAGCACAAGGCAGCACUGAGGACAUGGGCAAGAGCAUCCCCCGGUGCCUGGCGCUACUGGACAUCCGCAAAAGUGUAGUGAGCCUGGCCACAGGUGCCGGGGCCAUCUACCUGCUCUACAAGGCCAUCAGGGCCGGCAUAAAAUGCCAACCACCCCUAUGCACCAACUCGCCCAUCUGUAUCGCCCGUGAGUGUGCGGGCCCUGGGGAGAGGGCUCUGCCCCAGGAGGUACCUGCUCCCGAGGCCUCCCCUGUGGGAAGGCCCAAAGGCCUGGCCAUCGAGCGCGAGCGGCAUGGGCGGGACUCAGGCGAGCUCCGGAGGCUGUUCAAGUCCUUGGAAUGCAAGCAAGACGAGUACAGCAAGAGCAUGAUCCUGCACAGCAUCACUCGCUGCGUGUACUUGCUGGAGCCCGAGGCCUCCUCUUGUACUACGGAUGACAUCAGGUUGGUGGGCGACAUGUUGGAUGACAAGGAUAACAGUGUCAAAAUCCAAGCUCUAAACACCCUGAAAGCAUUCUCUGGCAUCAGAAAAUUCAGGCUUAAAAUCCAGGAACACGCCAUCAAGGUCCUGGAGCUGAUCUCCACUAUCUGGGACACAGAGCUGCACGUGGCAGGCCUCAGACUGCUCAACAACCUUCCGCUGCCCGACUACGUGCAUCCGCAGCUGCGACGCGUGAUGCCUGCCCUGAUGGAGAUCCUGCAGUCAGACUAUAUCCUGUCCCAGGUGCAGGUCAUACGACUGCUGAGCCACCUGGCCCAAAAGAACGACCUCCUUUAUGACAUUCUCAACUGCCAGGUGCACCCUGAUUUCCUGAAGCUGUUCCAGUCGUCACAGCCAGGGAGUCUGCUGUUUGAGGUGUUGGUGUUUGCCGAACGACUGAGCGAGGGCCGGAAUUCACCACACUACCGUGCUGUGAAAUGGCAUUACAACGAGCAGUCCCUGCACGAAGCCCUGUUUGGGGACGAGUCACGCCUGGCAGACCGGCUGCUGGCCCUGGUCAUCCACCCUGAGGAGGAGGUCCAGAUCCAGGCCUGCAAGGUCAUUGUCAGCCUGCAAUGCCCCCAGGACUUGGGAGCCCGGUCCUCCUCCUGCCAUCCGAGUCAUUCCUACUUCAAAAGCACUGAAUAAAAUUAAGGAGAUCCAAUAAAUGACUAUGAGAGACAA